AUGAGCCAACAGUCGCAACCAGGCGCCAUGGGCACCGCCUCCUUCAACAAUCGCAGUUUCGCUAACAAUAUGUCUACGACUGCGGACCCUCAGAUCUUCACCGCAUCCUAUUCGACCAUUGAUGUGUACGAAAUGGAAGUCAACGGCAUCGCCGUCAUGCGCCGCCGUCACGACUCUUGGCUCAACGCCACACAGAUCCUCAAGGUCGCUGGCGUCGAGAAGGGCAAACGAACCAAGAUUCUCGAAAAGGAGAUACAAACAGGCGAGCACGAAAAAGUACAGGGUGGCUACGGGAAAUACCAGGGUACAUGGAUCAAGUUCGAACGAGGGGUCCAGGUCUGUCGGCAAUAUGGCGUGGAGGAGGUUCUUCGCCCUUUGCUCGAAUACGAUAUGGGACAAGAUGGCGGCGUCGCGGGGGGCGGCAACCUCAACACACCCACGAAAGAGCAGGCUAUGGCUGCGCAAAGGAAGCGACUCUACAACUCCGGCGCCGACACUCGAACCAGUGGACUUUCGGGGACUUUCUUCAAGAACAUUUCGAGUACUGCCUCGCAUGCCGUGGCGGCCAUUAGUAAAGCGCGCUUCGACUCGCCCGGUCCACGCUCGCGCAACGGGCCGACACGGGCACCUAGCUUCCAGCGUCAAACCUCCAUGCAGAACCCCGACGAAUUCCCCGGCAACUCGCAGCAAAGCUACGUUUCGGACCAGCAGCAACAGCCGGAAUCGGCGUACUCGACGCAGACACAGCAGAUGGUUGGGUCGCAGGAGACAGAACCCCCCAGGAAACGGCAGCGCACGACCAUGACGCCGGUGGAGAGCUUCAAUGGAAGCGCAGGAUACGGCCAGAACAUGGACAUUUACGCCACGGCCUUCCCCGGAUCACCCACAGAACCAAACGAGUCAUUUGUAUACACGCAGCAACAACCUCCUCAUGACCAAACUCCCGACGACGAGCAAACGGGUGGCGCUUUACCACCCCUCGCUUACGAGAUGUCACCAGACAUGGAGCACAAGCGUGGGCUGCUCAUGGGUCUCUUUAUGGAAGACGCCGGCAACGAUACUGCCAAGCACGAGAUGCUUCGCGCCUUUGCACCAGCCGAGCUCGACAUGCCUAUCGAUGCACAGUCCCACACAGCCCUCCAUUGGGCCGCCACACUGUCUCGCAUGCCCUUGCUACGUGCCCUCAUCGCAGCCGGCGCAAGCCCACAUCGCGUCAACAACUCUGGCGAGACGGCUCUUAUGCGCGCCUGCUUAGUCACCAACUCUAUGGACCACGGCUCUUUCCCAGACCUUCUCGAAUAUCUCGGUGCGACGAUCGACGCGCGCGAUCACAAGGGCCGCACCGUGCUCCACCACAUUGCCUUCACCAGCGCUGUCAAGGGGCGGAGCGCCGCAAGUCGGUACUACCUCGAGUCUCUACUGGAAUGGGUCGUCCGGCAGGGUAGCAACCCGUCCACCUCGGUGAUACCCAAGAUGGGCAUCGCGCGUUUCAUGAGCGAAAUCGUUAACGACCAGGAUUCCUCCGGCGACACAGCUCUCAACAUUGCGGCAAGGAUAGGCAACAGGAGCAUAGUAUCCCAGUUACUCGAGGUGGGCGCCGAUCCCAUGAUUGCCAACCGGGCGGAUCUGAAGCCUCUCGACUUUGGUGUCGGGGGUCAGAGCGAAGAGGAGAAGAUGGCCACUCAGCAGAAUGGGGAGCUAAGUAACGGGGUGGCCGCCUCUUCCAAGACCAGGGAAAGCAGCGAUGAGAUCAUUGCGUCAAUCACACAUUUGGUCACAGAGACGAGCACCUCGUUCCACCAGGAACUCAAAGCUAAGCAGCAAUCUGUCGAUGCACUCCACUCCCAGCUGCGGUCCACGUCGUCACAGCUAGGCGAAGCCAGACGGCAGCACGAGAACCUCACAGCCACCCUCAAGAAGCAGCAGGUAGCACGACAGAUCAUCUCCAACCUCGCCCAGUCGCGGCAGGAAGAUCAACUACGCACCAUGCAGGACGCCAGAGACACCAACCUUGGAUCGUGGGAGACGGAGCUCAGCACCAUACUCGAGUCAAACUCUGCGGACUUUUUGCCUUCGGCGCAUGUCCUCAAGGCGCGCAUCCAGGCUCUGCAGAACACGACGAAUGGGACGAGGGCCAUGGUCAACGGGCUCAAGUCGCGGUCUCGCGAUGUGGAAGUCAAAUAUCGCAAGGUCGUCGCGUUGUGCACGGGUGUCAAGGAGGAGGAAGUGGACGCCGUCAUUGACGGGCUGAUCAAGGCUGUCGAGAGUGAGCGAGACGGCCUGGACAUGGGACGCGUGAGACGGUUCCUGGGAGGUGUGGAGGGAGUGGUGCACUAG